AACGAUCUCCAUGGCGAGGCAGGAGCUGCUCCUGGUGCUUCAGCCCCCUUCUUGUUUACUUGACAGAAACUUCAAACCGGACGUGUUUAGUCACGGAGCAGAAAUCUGUUUCUGUCUAUCCGCCAAACCGAUAGGAAACGCUGCCGCUGUGGCAAUACGGGCAGGCGGCAGGGUGUUUUUUUCUGUGUUUUUUUUUUCUUUUUUCUUUUUAAUUCCCGCUGAAGGGCAGAGUUCGUCAGGGCGCGAGUGGCUUUUUCCAGGGAGCUGUGAAGAAAUGCUCCGAAUGUCUGGCUGGGGUGUGAAAGCUCCAGGAGGGUGUUUUUUAAUUCCUUCUCCGGCCCUGAGAGAAGCAGCUAGUUCUCUCGCUGAGCACAGCCUUACUAGGCAUAUGUAAAUGUCAUACUUCUCACGUCCCCGGCUUGGUUAUAACAUGUUUGAGCGCAGUGGCUCAUUCCUGUAUUUCUAGGUAUACGUAUGAAGAGUAGUUUUUUUUUCAUAGCGUACUUAAAGGAGAAUGAUAAUAUAUGGCAUAUAAAAUAAUGAAUAUUUUUUGCAAAUAAGCCCCAAAGGUCUACAGGGCACGGUGAUAGAAAGACGGGCUAUUUGAAGAAAGAAUUUAGUAACUGAGAAGGCCAGCUGAGACAGGAUAUUCAGAAAAUCAUCAAAAAUGGGCAAAGGCGAUCCUAAGAAGCCGAGAGGUAAAAUGUCUUCAUACGCCUUCUUUGUGCAAACCUGCCGGGAGGAGCACAAGAAGAAACAUCCAGAUGCUUCAGUGAACUUUUCAGAGUUCUCAAAAAAAUGCUCAGAACGAUGGAAGACUAUGUCUUCUAAGGAGAAAGGGAAGUUUGAAGAUAUGGCAAAGGCUGACAAGCUUCGUUAUGAAAAAGAAAUGAAAAACUAUGUACCACCUAAGGGGGAAACAAAAAAGAAGUUCAAGGAUCCAAAUGCACCGAAGAGGCCUCCUUCGGCUUUUUUCUUGUUUUGCUCUGAGUUUCGUCCAAAAAUCAAAGGAGAACAUCCUGGUCUGUCCAUUGGGGACGUCGCAAAGAAACUGGGAGAGAUGUGGAACAACACCGCCGCAGAUGAUAAACAGCCUUAUGAAAAAAAGGCUGCUAAACUGAAGGAGAAGUAUGAGAAGGAUAUCGCUGCAUACCGGGCCAAAGGGAAGGUUGAUGCAGGCAAAAAAGUAGUUGCCAAGGCCGAGAAGAGCAAGAAGAAGAAGGAGGAGGAGGAAGAUGAGGAUGAAGAUGAGGAGGACGAAGAUGACGAAGAAGAGGAAGAAGAGGAGGAUGAAGAUGAUGAUGAUGAUGAAUAAGUCUCUUUUAGAGCAAUUUCUUUCUUGUCUAUAAAGCAUUUAACCCCCCUGUACACAACUCACUCCUUUUAAAGAAAAAAAAAAAUUGAAAUGUAAGGCUGUGUAAGAUUUGUUUUUAAACUGUACAGUGUCUCUUUUUUUGUAUAGUUAACACACUACCGAAUGUGUCUUUAGAUAGCCCUGUCCUUAGUGGUAUUUCAAUGGCCACUAACCUUGCCUGGUACAGUGUGGGGGUUGUAAAUUGGCAUGGGAGUUUUAAAGCAGGUUCUUGUUGGUGCACAGCACAAAUUAGUUAUAUAUGGGGAUGUAGUUCAAUUCUCAUCUUCAGUUGUCUCUGAUGCAUCAUAAAAAAAAAAAAUAAUUGUUGUUCUGUUAACUGAAUACCACUCUGUAAUUGCAAAAAGGAAAAAAAAAAAAGUUGCAGCUGUUUUGUUGACAUUCUGAAUGCUUCUAAGUAAAUACAUUUUUUUUUUAUUAGUAUUGUUGUCCUUUCAAUAGGUGCCCUUGAAAAUCAUACUUUUUCUUUUCUCUCUUUUUUUUUUUUUUUUUUGAGGGGAACUCCUUUUGCUUUAUUGAAUGCCCGUUUGGGAUCACGUGAAUAUUACAGUUUUCAUCUUUCAUAUAACCAGCUGAUAAACAAAGCUUUGAUCUACAUACCCUGCAUAAUCAUGAUAGGGUAAGAAAAGAAAUAUAUAGGCAUAUGAUGAAAGAAUAUUCUUCCGUAACUGGAAACAAAACAAACAAAAAACAAAUUCAAUCUCAUCAAACUGAUACUUGUUCAGAAUUUUGUGAAAUGUAAUAUUCUAUUGAGUUGCAUGAGUUUACCAGUCUUGGAGAGUUGAGAAGUAUAGAGUUCAAUUUUACAGAAAUGAAAUACUUCGGGGGAGGGGAGGGAGGGGGUGUUAAAUUCUGUCCUAGAAGGACCCAUAGGAAGAGGGUAUGUCCAUCCGGUGUAGAGGAAUUUACAGGCGUGACUCCGUUACCAUGUAAUGGAAGUUGUGUUUGUAAAUCUCUGAACACUAGCGAGAGAUGAACAUACCUAAAAUGUGUAAAGUUAAAAGCAUGAAAUUACCAUAUUUUUUGGUGACAGGUCUGGCGACGGCCACGGGCUUUAUACCAUGAAACUCUCCUGGUAGCAAAUGGCCCACGAGAAAUGAUUUUUCUUUCUAAGAUUUCUAUAAAUGGUACCAUUAUUAUUUGUUAAAUCUAUGUAAAUUCAUAUUUGUAUUCUUGAAAUUCUAGUUUUAGCCCUUUAAACAAAGUUGUAUAUUGUCUCAAAUUGAAAAUGAGAUAAGAUGUAUUUUUCCUGUUAGGUUUUAUACCGCACUCUUGAUGUUUGCCCAUUUUUAAGUUAAAUAUAGCUGUAUGGAAAAGUACAUUUUAUUAAAUUUUGCAUUAAAAAGUGAAAUGUUUAUGGUAUACCAACAAUGUCUAAUUUGGUCAAAUACAGUUCUCUUCCAAAACCAAAGCUAAGGGUUUUUUUGCAUAUUUAGUAAAACUUCAAGUGCUGGCAACUGUAACUAUUUUCACAUAUACCUGCUUACCAGUUUGGGGGACAAUUUGGCAAUUUUGUGGUUACAAAAUUAUGGUUCUCUUAAGUGCCAGUGUUUAAAAGGAAAAAAAAAAAAGCAUUCUUGUAAUUUUACACGCUUUUGUGAUGGAGUAUUGUUUUGUUAUACAAUUUUGACUUUCAGAUUCUUAUUUCAAUUUGCAUUUAUGUAUAACUUCAGGAGAAAUAUUGAACAUCUGAAUCCUGGAUGAUACUAAUAAACUAAUAAUUGCAGAGGUUUUAAA